CUGCAUCAGAGCACACUACUAACUCAGCCGGACACGUGUGAGUUAGCUUUCUCUUGGUGAAAAGGAAUUGUAAAGCUACUUCUCAUUUAUUUAAAAACAACAAUAACAACAAGAAUGAACAAACCUAAAAUUGUCAGACCAGAGGAGAGCAAGCCAGCACAUGCGCUGUGGUUUGACAGGAAGAAAUACGUCACCAUCAACUUCAUGGUUCAGAAACCUAAAGAUGUCCAAGUUGAUAUCCAGCCAGACAAACUGAUUCUGUGCUGCAAAAACGAAACAGAUGAUGUGUACUACAACGAGCUGCACUUCUAUGACAAAGUCCAGAUCCACGACUCCAGAGAAAGGGUCUAUGACCGCACCAUCAAUGUCUUGCUAAGGAAGAUGAAACCUGAUUGUGCUUGGCCUCGUCUUCAGAAAGAUCCAGCUAAGGCCAGUUGGAUUUCAGUUGACUUUGAUAACUGGAGGGACUGGGAGCACGAAGAAGAUGAGGGAAAGGAGGAAUAUGACCAUUAUGUGGAUAUGAUCCGAGAGAUGGCUAACAGUGACAAAGGAGAAGCUCCAGAUAUGGGGGAUCUUAGUGAUUUUGUUACGUCUGUAGUCUCCUGCUGCCCAGCGGAACUAAAACAAGAAGUAAAUGGAAAGAAAGAAACUAUUAAAGGAUUCCACAUCAAGCUACAAGAUACCAUCUUGUUUCCCGAGGGAGGUGGCCAGCCAGAUGACCAUGGAUUCCUUGGAGAUGUCCCAGUUUUGAGAGUGACGAGGCAGGGACCAGACGCCCUGCAUUUUGUGGCCUCACCUCUGGAGGUGGGUCAGGAGGUUCACGUGAAGGUAGACUGGGAGAGGAGAUUUGAUCAUAUGCAGCAACACUCGGGUCAGCAUUUGAUUACAGCUCUGGCAGAAACAAUGUUUGGAUACAAGACCACAUCCUGGGAACUGGGUCGUCAAAGAAGCACCAUUGAGCUGGACACUCCCUGUGUGAAACCUGGCCAGCUUCAGGAACUGGAAGAAUGUGUAAAUGAGAAGAUCAGAGCUCACAUUCCGGUCAUGGUUCAGCUUCUCUCUAUAGAUGACCCAGCUGUGGAGAAGGUGAGAAGUCGAGGGCUGCCAGAGGACCACGCAGGACCCAUUCGGAUCAUUGAUAUAGAGGGCAUAGAUGCCAACAUGUGCUGUGGAACCCACGUCUCCAACCUCGGUCACUUACAGGUAAUAAAGCUGCUGGGAACUGAGAAAGGAAAGAAAAACAAAACCAACCUAAUUUUCCUGGCAGGAAAAAGGGUACUAAAGUAUGCAGAGAAAAGCUACAACACAGAGCGUUCACUGGUGUCACUUCUAAAAACGGGACCAGAUGAGCACGUUGAGGCAGUCGACAAGUUGCAGAAGUCUGUUAAGCUGCUACAGAAAACUAACCUGUGCCUGCUUCGUGAUAUGGCGGUUCUCAUUGCUCAGAGCUUUAAGAAUGAUCCUCACAAAGACAGCUUCUUCACCUUUCACAAAAAAGAGGGAGACAAUGAGUUUAUGAAUAUCAUCGCCAAUGAAAUAAACACUGAGGAAACACUGGUUUUCCUGACUGUUGGAGAGGAAAAGGGACCUGGUUUGUUUCUGCUGGCUGGACCCAGUGAACUAGUCACUGAGAUGGGACCACAAGUGUUAGAAUUGCUCCAAGGGAAGGGAGCAGGGAAGAACGGGCGAUUCCAAGGCAAAGCCAACAGCCUGGCACGGAGAGGAGAGGUGGAGGCUUUACUGAAGCAGCGCUGCAAUCAACGCAACUCACAGGAAGAAUGAAUUUUCAUUAGAAAGAAAUGUUUUAUGCUUCCAAAAGGGAAACAUUAAGGUUAGCUUACAUGGCUGCUUUAAACAUCCAUAAUCUGUGGUAAGCACUAAAUGAUGUGUUGGCUCACACAUAGAAAAUGAUCAUGAGAAAGUGACCAUUUGUGAAAAUGUAUAUAAGUCGACUUCUGUACAACAUGUGCUGUACAUAUUUCAAUAUUAAAUGUAAAGUACUGGCUUUAGUCAGUCAAAAUCCAAA